AUGCAAGCACUAUCUCCCCUGCCAGCUACCGAGGAAGACUCUGGCCCUCCGUCGUCAGAGUCAACGCGUUCAACUUCAGCCGAUAAGCCUGAGCCUUCCCCAGGUUCACCUGGGAAUGUAGUCACUGCACCCCGAAUUCGGUGGCCAUCCAGCUUGCAAUGGGUCCCUGACAACUUUUUCUGGGCUCAAGUCAAACCAGUUAUACGCUGCGCCAUAGCUGCUUGGAUAUCUACCGUUCUAUUUCUUAUACCACCAGUGGAGGCGAUGAUGGGGCAGGCUGGAUUCUUGAUUAUCAUAGGAGACAAACUACUAGUCGCGUUCAUGUCGCCUCCAUCUGACCCGUUUAUGGCUGUUCUGGAACGUGAAUUCAUGAUUUUACUGUUUGUAACAGCGACAUGGGCAUGGAGUUGCCUUGCGAUAAAGUUCGCCGAUAUGGCGCGGGUACACCGUAACCCAGCAGCCUCUUUCGCGGACGCUCUGACGGGUCAGUAUAUAGAAGCAGCUCCGACGGUUAUUAUCGGAGUUUUUCUCUUCAUCGGUACUGCCGUUGUGUUGUUUAUUCGUUCUCGAAAUGUUUUCAGUCAGCUGUUCGCGUGCAUUCUAGGCUGCUUAUGUCUUGACGUUUCGCUAACAACGGCUGCUGGAAAAUCAAUUGUGGUUCCAAUAUCACUUCACUCUGCCGUAUCGCUUGUCAUGUCCGUGCUCAUCUUUCCCCAAACGGUUUCCUCGCAAUUUACCACCCGACUUGGGCUGGUUCUUGAACCACUCGUCAAAUCGUUCGAGCUUCAUCAGGCCAUCUUGACCAAAGAUCCUUAUUCUGCCGACUUUUCCAAGAUGGUGACUGAUAUUUCUGCGUCGGUAGCCAAAUCUGAAGCUCGGCUUAUUCCCCUCGCUGCAUCUGUCAGGCUCCUCGCUAGUGAUUUGAUAUUUUCGCGGUAUGCACCACUGGAUUUCGUUCAACUGCACCAAACGGCGAAGCGUAUGGCAGUCCGAGCGCAUGGAAUGAUCGUGUAUUUCAGGGUUGUGGACCCCACCAGAGAAAAGUUCCCCAUAACACCUAUUGCAUCUCGCAUCAGCACACCUGCGCCGGCAAGUCCUGCUGUGUCUCGGCCACCAUCGCCUCCCCGUACCCCGACUCGAGAAACGGCGGAUCUUCCUCACGUGGACGAAGAAGAGAGCCCUACAACACCAACCAAACGCAAUCGUCACUCGCAUCACUCGCAUCAUUCUCAUCAUCACCAUCACCAUCACCAUAAUCUUCUCAUUCAUUCUUUGCACCUGUCUCUGGGGCGGAAGAAAGCCGAGCAUGCUGUUGGAGUCUUCGAAUCCCAACGGUAUUUAGAUCUUGAAGCAAACUUGGUUCAUCCCGAAGUUGAAUCGCAUACUAAAGAAACGACGGAGCUUCUUUCUAAAUGCUAUUGGCUUCGAUAUGUUCGACAAGGAACUACUGGACGUUGGAUCACUGGUCAAAAGGAACGUGACGCGUUGAAAGCUCGCAUCGGUGAGCUCGAAGCUGUGCGGGCCACACUCAACUCUGUGCGAGAACAAUUUCGCAAUGAAGCCAGACAUCUCAUCCUUGAGCCCUGGCGUUCUUCCUUUAAUUACGAUCACGAAAACGAGCACGAAACACCUCCUCAUCGACAUCUCUUCCACUGCUAUGUCUAUCAGUACCACCUCCUCCAGAUGUCCGCCAAUGUGUUGACUAUGCUCGACGAAAUCCAUAAGAUGGAAAAACAGCAUAGAACCGAAAAGUUAUGGACACCUGCCGCUACCUGGAAUGUCGUCAACUGGCACUUUUCCGACUUUGGCCAGGACGAAGAAGACCCGGACAAAGUUAUGGGUGUUCCAACAGAAAUCGAAGAAGGCGAUUUAGGGAUGGCCAAAAGGCGCGACCCCGACGCAUUACCUCCCAGAAAUCAUCUGGAAUGGGCGAUGAACAGGAUCUAUCUCGCAGUUGCCCAACUUGGGUCGGGUAAUACGCUCUAUGCAAUCAAGGCCGCAACCCUGACAGUCCUCAUGUGCCUUCCUUCACUUCUCCGAUCCUCUGCCCACUUCGCAUAUGAAAACAGGUUUGUAUGGGGAAUUUUCAUGGGUCAGGUAACGUUGGCGCGGUUUCGAGGCACGUGCGACACUGUUUUUGGACUGAGCACCAGAGUUUUGAGCACAUUCCUCGGCGGCAUUCUCGGUAUGGUGAUGUGGUACAUUUCGUCUGGUUCGGGGCAUGGCAAUGCGUUUGGUCUUGGAGCACUGUGUGCCGUUUGCUUCCCGUUCUUCUUCUACGGCCGGUUAUAUUGGCCUGGAUUCCCGAUGAAAGUCAUUAUAUUUUUUGUGACUGCUAUUCUGGUCAUUGGCUACUCGUACCAAGAUGGUCAUAUUCGGGCCUUGGCGAACCCAGGCUUUGGCUGGGAUGUCGCCUGGAGACGGUUCAUUAUCGUUACCUCGGGAGUAAUGGCGGCGGGAGUGUUCUCACUUUUGCCCCCUUCAACGACAAUCAGGAAAUACGAGCGCACUUCCUUGGCAACCAACACCACAGAACUGGGGACGUUAUACUGUGAUAUCAUCUCUUUUGCUAACUCACGACGUGCCGAAACGGACCCCCAAACUAUUGUCACGGCUCUGAUCGCAAUACGGAGUAGAAUCUCGCGCUCCAUGGCGCUCAAGGGCAACGCGGUAUACGAGUUUUCGCUAAAGGGCCGCUGGCCAGCCAAACGUUAUCACAAAAUCAUGGAGUUGCAGCAACAACUUGCAUAUUCGCUUUCUCACUUGAUGUCUGUUGUCGAGCACAUGGAGCCUGCGUGGACGAGGGCGUUCUUACAAAGGACACGGUUCCUUGACACCGAUUUUCAAGGGGACGUGCUUGCGGUCAUUAGUAUGAUUUCGACUGCAUUGCGAACAGGUUGUCCUUUACCGCAAAUCACUCCGUGUCCUUUGCUUGCCCGCUUCCAGACGCAAUAUGGUCUUCACGUGAUCCACAAGGACUCGGAAGAGGACUACGGCCUUCCACGGCAGUUAACCCUCGACACACUGCAGAACGAGCAGUAUCUGAAGUUUUGCGUUGGCGUUGCCACCGCCUACAACAUCAUAAGCCGACUAGAUCGCCUCAUGCACCAAGUGAAGGAGAUAGUUGGCGAACAGUAUCAUAUUCACAGCGCCGGCCUUCCGCUAGCAACGAGGAUGACUACACGUGGAGGCGUAGCUUUGGGUUCAAGGACCAAUUCGAUACAAUUCCGGCCGCCAAAUGAGAUGGUGUAA